UGUUGAGAUUGUACAAAAUUUCCUCAAUUAAAGACGGUAAUGGCUAAAGCCCAAUCAAGAAAUAGAUAAUCGGCAAGAUUUAAGGCCUGGCAAUAUAAAAUGGAAGACGUUUCGUUUCUGGGUAGUUAUUUUGAUAGUAGUACCGUUUUUGACCGACUAAAUUAAUGAUGCUCUGUUGUUCAAAAAUGAGUGAAUUUUCUGGUAUGGCAAAAUACAUGGAGAAUGCGCCAUAGAGCUGCAAACUGAGGUAGUUUUCCGAUGAGCAUUCGCUACAAAUGUUUGUCAGGACAAGGUAGAUUUAAUGCAAUAACAAAAACCUUGCCAUCAGCUAUAGAGGCAGACGAAAAUAUGUUCACAUAAUGUUUGCCUUACAGCUUGAAAAACUGCUGAAAAGAGCGAGGAGCGUGUUAAUCGGGGUUCCAAAGGAAGGAAAAGAAGAAGGCGGAAUAUCGCUUGACAUACACAAAAAGCAGGGAGAUUUGUUAUCCAAAUGCGCUUUGUUUGUGUGCAACAAGUGGGAUGUAGUUCAAGAGCAAGAAGUUCAGUCGGUCAAGAAUGAUGUUGUAAAAAAACUGAAAAGAGCCUGGUCCGGCAUUGAUCCCGAAUCACAAAUCAUCUACAUGUCAACCAAAAGAGCUACUACCGCUCAAAACCUUGGUGUUAUCUCCAAAGACUUUUCCUCUUUAAUGGAAGGAAUGAGGUCGGUCAUCUUACAGAGCAUUGAAGCUAAGUUGGAACUUCAUUGGAAGUAAGCGUUAAUCUGGACUUCAAAUACAUUUACUCCUCGUUGUAACUUUCUAAUUCGAGUAACCUGAUGCCGGAGUCUUUCCAUUUUUCUUUUCUUUAAUAAUGAUUGAUGAUCUGAAUGCAAGAGGGGCAGCUAUGUGGAAAUAUGUAGAUGAUAAUACAAUUUCUGGGGUGGUAUGUAAAGGACAAGACAGCUGAAUAUUCUGCAAGUGGUAGACGAUCUCGUAAGGCAAGCAAGGAAUGUCGGAUUUCAGUUAAAUGAAAGGAAAGGCAAAGAUCUCAGGAUUAGCUUUGCAAGGAACGAGCCAGUUUUUCACCCUCUCUGCGUAAAUAACGGUCCGCAGACCCUAGAAACCGUGAACUGUGAAAUUGCUAGGACUUACUAUUAACGGUGAUAUAAAGUGGAAUUUGCAGGUGUCGCGGCCUACUUUGGGACGUUAAGUCGCUUUAAGUUACGGCGACUUAAGGUCCCACAGUAGGCCUGUUAGAAAGGUCUCAACAAGAUUAUAUUUUCUAAGACAACUAAGAAAUCGCAUCCUUAAUACCUGAGAGAAAAGUGUUGAAAAUCCUGAGACAAAAUUGUUUAAGGGCCUUGAUAAAUAAUCGUCCAGGGAUGUUCGACCACAAACAUGCAAACAAAAUACAUUUCUGCCUCUUGUUCAUUCUUCCAAGGCCAGACGAAGUCAGCCGGACUAAACACAGGGCGAAAACUACGAUGUUAGAACUGAUGUGCGUGUUGGGGGUGUCGAAGCGCAUAAAAGGGAGAAACAUCGCAUCGUUUUAUUUGUAAUAAAUUAUAAUAUAUGCAGUGUUAAUUAAAUAAGUAAUCCACAAUUCAUGGAAAAUUCGAGUCGACCUUUCAGUUUCUGGAGUAGCUUAACAGAGUAGGAGGGAGCCUGACACUAAAAUCAGUUAACUUGAAAUACCUUAAAAGGGUAGGGUGCUAAGUAAUAUCACUGCACGAAAUAUCGCCUUUGCCAAUAACUUUUUCCGCCGGGUCUCAGGAAGUUAAAAGGCUGUUUUUCCUUAUGCCUUUCAUUUAUUUUCCAAGUUGGUUAACACAGCGCCCUUCCGUUUCCUCAAAGGUGCGUUUUUUUUCUUUGCGAUUACUUCUUAGCAGAAACAAAUAAACGUGCUUUUUUUGUUUCAGUUGGCUUUACACACUUCUUUCAAGGAUUGUCGUUCAGGCAAAAAUGUUUGUGGUAAAUGCUUCCAGAAGCAACGAGGAAAUUAACCAGAAAAUGAAGGAGGUUAAUCACCGCUUGGAGGUAAUUGGAAAAGAUCAAAGGAAAGUGAUAAAAGAUCUGCACGGAUCUUUCAACGAAAAAGUUAAUGGUGUUGUGCAGCAACUCUGCGAAUACCUCUCUUCAGAAGAAGUAAUUGAGGAAUUUACAUCACGGUCGUCGGACAAGUUACAAGAUCUAGAUGAAGAGAUGUCCUGGAAAGAAGUGGAAGAGGAAAUCACCACCGUACUGUCUAGCCUGUUUCAAGAGAUUGUAGAGCGAUGGGAGGACGAAAACCGGGUGUUUGCAAAUGCUCGCCUCUUUCUCAUGCAAAAGUUUCAGGAUUGCUACGACGGUGUUGAAUCUGAGCUACAAAAUCUCCAAAGCGAUGCCACCGGUGUUCAUGGUGGCGCUGGCAUUUCAGAAAAGAAAACCUUUAGAUUUCACUUUUCCAUCCCCCGAAAGGCGUUGAUGCAGAUGAUGAUUUUUACCGUCGGGGCGCUUUUCUACAUCGCGGAAGCGAUCGAUGACGUGUUCGAUUCUGAGUUGUUGGACUUUUUGGAAAAUCUUUUUGAACCUGACGUCGAAAAGUUUUGGACAAAAACGUCCACAAAUUUCCUCGCUACCAGAAGAAAGAACAAGGAGCUUAGAAAGUUUGUGCAAGACAAAUUAAGAGAUGCUAAGCUCUAUCUUGAUCACAUUGAAGAAUGUCUUCCAGCACUGAUAGAGGCGGACAGAGAACUAUAUAAACAACUCUCACGUAAGCUGUUGGAGGAAACUCGUUCUAAGGAAAAAACAAAAGAUCGCUACGAACCAAUAUUGGUUAAGGGAUCACAACUAAGAGAUCAGCUAGCACUAUUUGGCAUAACAGAUGUUUGUGUAGUCAAAAUAGACCGAGAAGAAUUAGACUGGAAAGAAGAAAUGUCAUCCCACCUCGGCAGUGGAGCAUUUGCUGCAGUUUACAAAGGAACAAUGACAAGAAGGGAAGAGGUUACGACUGUGGCUUUGAAGGUGUGCAAAGAGGCGCUCAAUGCCGAUAAUGCCAGCGAAAUCAUGCAGGAGAUGAAAAUUUUGAGGCAGGUUGAAAUGUUUCGUUUUGUUUUUUUACGUCCCUAAUCGUUCUUGUAGGUCGCACAGGGUCAGAUUAGUGUGUUGUGAAGCGUACCCUGAUUAUAGAUGACUAGAACGUCUAACUACAGAGCACAGGCAGUGCAUUCUCCUCAGUUACUUUAAGCCCCAAGUGUUGCCUGGCUGGGAAUCGACCUCAGACCUAUACUGCUUGCUUUGAGGGUACGAAUUAUGUAAAAACGUCUCUAAUACCUCGAAUAUUAUAUACUUUAUAUGGUAUGGCACUUGGCAACACUUCAAAGAAAAAAGAGAAAUAGAAAUUUCGAAGCUUAAUUACAAUACUUAUUACAACUGUCAUGAAUAGUGACAGGAGGUGGAGAAUUGCUUUCUGUACUGUGCUUCGUGUAGAAUUUACAUAUGAAACACGAGAGGCAGUGUUUCAUCACGUCAACACCGGGAAAAGAGGUUACAAACUUAACGACGUCCAGUGGAGUAGUAUAUUUUGAGACACUUUUGGAAUGUUGAUAUAACUUUUCAACUAAGGAAACGUUUCCGUAGGAGACGUCAAGCUGACUGCAAAAACAAGAAGUUUUUCAUCAGAUAUAAUCACGUCAACAUAACCUGCAUGAUUUCCUUUGAAUUAUUAUCCAUGAGUUGAGAGAAUAGAUUGAGAUAUAAAUCAUAUUUGUACUGCAUAUGAAUUCCUAUGUUUUUGAAAGGCUAACAAAGUUGAAAAAGUGAUAAAGUGAUACUCAUUAUGCCACCUUUAUGUUUUACAACUAUGUAAAGAAAUCAUUGGGGAACCUUAAAAGAGUUCAUCAGAGCUUGCUGUGUUUCCCUUUGCCUUAACCGUAUAUAUUUUUUGUAAUAACAAGAUUAUGUAGAAUAUAUGCAGGUUGGCAAUAAAACGUACCUAUGUAUUAUUGAAAACAAAGUUGAAGAACCAGUGAGAUUAAUAAUUCCAUCUAUAUUUCUUCUGUUCACCAGAGUGCUUAACCACCCUCACAUCGUUCAGUUUUAUGGCAUAUCUCUUGUUAAGAGCACCUCGAGAAUGAUUUUUGUCAUGGAGAAGUGCAAAGGUAACUUAAAGAACUACAUCUUCAGAGAACUAAAGUCAGCUGCUGGUAGAUCUGAAAAUCCUACUAUCGUCGGAGACUUAUGCCGUUACGCAAAAGAGAUAACCGACGGUUUGGCUUUCAUUCAUGCAAUGGAAGUGGUGCACAGGGACCUAAAGCUGGAAAAUAUCUUGGUAUGGAGCUAGAAUAUUUUAUCAGGAUAGUAAAUAUAAUGUCGUUUGUUCGUGUGUGCAAAUUGAAGCGGGGCAAGGUAAUCUUAGGAUGACGUCUUCUUCCUAAAUGUAACGUCAAAACGUCGGACAUAGGUAGAAUCCUAAUGUCUCAAAUUUCAACUAGGGCUGUUUUUUUUUUUUUAAUUUACUUUUUUUAAUUGCACUUUAUUGAAAACAACAAUGGUAACAAGAAAAAAAGUGCAACGGAAAAAAAGAGGUUAAGACAAAGAAAACACAACAACAACAAAACUAAUGUUACAGUACUGCAAUUUACGAGUUGUAACAUGUCAUUUGUUCGAUUAAGGCUGGUGUUACACAUAACAGAAAAUACAAGAAAAUUAAAAAACUGCAUAAAGAAAUGUUCCCCUUCUGCAAAUAAACUGGUGGCUGAUAUCAAGGUAUUAGAAAAGUGGGCUGUGAAGUUAGUCUGUGGAGUAACACUUGAUUUUUGGGUGAUCUGACUCUUGCGAUUUGCUCGGUUUUUCCACGAUUUAGCACAAAAAGUGUUACCGGAAAAAAAAAAAAAAUAACAACGCAAGUAUAAAACGGACAUGGAUCUCAAUUAAUUUAUUUAUGCGAAUGAAAUGCAGGUUGAGUUUGUUUUACUGGGUUGGUCGGAACGUUGAUUGUGGGAAAAAGCGACUCAGAAGAUGGGGCAUGAAUGUGAGCUAGCCGUAAUAAGAUCAAUCAACCGCACAGGGACGAGCUGUUUGAAUGGAAAUGAACGCGAACAUUCAUUCCCAGUGAGAAAACCAUAAAGACUGGAGCAAACACAAAAAUACCAAAAAUGAUUUAAAAACGUGACAAUCCCCGAAAAAGUUAAACAAUCUCAGUGAGUUUGAGUCUGAUUUAACGUACGUUUCGUAUUAAACACCUCUCUCCCACUAAAAUGAGUAUUCGGGAACCAGGUUUGGUGAAGUGUGAGGAUGGGCGAUACCUGGAGGUUAAGUUAAGGGACAUUUUCGAGGAAAAGAGACCAGUAAAUCCUACAGUUUACUGUUCUCCAAAAAAAAAAAAAAAACGGGAAUCUAUUGACCAGCCCGCUGCCAUGCAACACGGAAGUUAUUAUUUGUUUUGUAAUUUAUUGCUUUUAAUUAAUUAAUUUUUUUCACACUUAAAUAGUGAAUACAAAACAAAAACGCUACAAAACUUUACCAAAUUACUUAAAAAAACAUUACAAAAACAUAUCCAAACAUAUCUAUACGCAAGGAAGUUCUUAGAAAAUAUACAUUUACAUACCUACUUAUGGCCUUGGCUCCAACUAGUGUCCUGUAGCUCAAUGGUAGAGUGUCUGGAUUAGUAACCAGACUGUCAUAGGUUCGACUCCUAAUACAAUUACGUACUUAUUACGCGCUUGUUAUAACAUAAUAUAUUGUCUCAUUAAAGUUGUCUGAAGAAAACACAGUAAAGAUUGCUGACGUGGGCCUGGCCAAAGCAGAAGUAGACAUCACGGGCACUCUUGCAGGAACACCUGUUUAUAUGGCACCGGAAGUGCGUCAUUCCCGAGUCUACCACUCCAAGGCAGACAUCUACAGCCUGGGGCUGAUAAUGUGGGAGAUGUGGUACGCACAGCAGGCCUUUGCUGACGCUCCGGGAAAAACAUUUCAAGAUUUCUUUAAGUGGGUGGAUGAGGGUAACCGUCCAGUUGACAGGCAGGGUUGCAAGACGCCUCCAUCCUUCUGGGAACAGCUGAUGAAACAGUGUUGGGAUGGGAAUCCAGAUGAACGCCCAACAGCCAAAGAAUGUAACGAAAGAAUAGUCAGUUCUGUAAGAUCUGAAACUUAUCUCAUAUAGAAUAAGUAGUAGACUUGCAAAUGUCAGAGCUUUGUGACAAAAUUCCAGAAGUACCAGAAAAAGGAUUAGAAAAUUAGAGGCUUCUCUGUUGUCACUCUCAAAAGAGGCAGGCAAUCAUAAACCAAAUAGAAAUGUGAUCAAACUCAAUUUUGAUCAGAUCUUUGAUAAUCCACUACAAAAAACAGACACGAACAAAUAAAAACAAGGAUACUUAGUUAGUGAGGGAAAAAUUACGUUUAUGCUGAAAGCCUUCAAUUUUCCAAAAGUUAACUACCAAGAAAAAAAGUUAUAGAAUAUGCAGAUGUUAACUUGUCGUAGUUGUAACGCUGUGAGUUGACUUGACUUUUGUAUCAUCAUGGGGAUUACCGUGAAGCACGAAAUUUUUGCGGGAGUUUAUUUUUGCAGAUUAGCGAUUUCUUGUGUUUUGCGGGAACUGAUUUUUGCGAUUUUCAGAAAGCACCCAGUACCAGCAUUGAUAAUAUUUUCGUUUUUAUUGAGUACGUGCAAUAGAAAUACAUAUUUUCAAACAAUAAACCAGUAUUUCAUUGUAUACCAUUUUGUUUCUGAAUGAAACAAUGCGGGGCAAGCAUUCCCGCGGUAAAUUGUCAUAGUUUAGUGUUUAUUAUUUUAUUUUUUUUUUUUCAGUUGUUUUUUAUGUUUCUUUUCCUUUUAGAAAAAUGCAAAAAAAUUAAAUGCAAAAAUUGGCUUGAUCGCAUAAAACUGUACCGCUUCGGUAGCUUGUCCAAGGAAUUAAAAGCUAAAGAGACAAUCAAUUAUGAGUUAAACUGUUUUGUACACAAG